AGGAGGAUGCCAUGGAGCCGGAAGUGAAGGAGGAGGACGAACGAAGGUCGUCCACGCCGAGCCCCGAGAUUUACGUAAGGAGGAAUAAACGCUACAAUGAAGGUGGAAGCAGCGAGGAAGAGAGUAAGCCAGACACGUCUUUGCAGAGUCACAGAUUACCUUCCUCUUAUCGAGGGACCUGGCCCAUUAGAAGAGACCUUUGGGCCAAUCAACAAAUGGGAUUCUCCACUCAACAAAGCCCGUCAACCACUGUACAUAACGAUGUAGCCAGCGUGAUGAGUUUUUCCUCGAAUUCCGGCACGGCGCUGUCCUGUUCCGCGGAGAUGCAAGGCGAUCGACGAUUGGGAGCCAAAGUGGACGUGGUUUACAACCUCCUGGGAAUGCUGGGGAGCACGGAAGGCGGAGAGGACAUGAGCGCGACGCUGCUGUCGAUGAGCACUUCGAUAGACAACUGUUUGAUAAUGAGGCAAUCGGGAUGCCUGCCUUUGUUGGUGCAGUUGAUUCACGCUCCCGGGCAGGAUCCAGAGACCAGAGAGAGAGCUUCGAGGGCUCUGCACAAUAUAGUACAUGCUAAAAGCGACGAGAGAGCCGGACGUCGGGAGGCUAGGGUUCUCCGAUUUUUAGAGCAAUUGAGAGACUAUUGCCAGGCGCUGAGAUCUUCUUUGGAAACGGGACAGGUCCCCGACGACUUGGAGAGACAUCCGGGACCGACGAUAGCCGCGCUGAUGAAGCUCUCGUUCGACGAGGCCCAUCGUCACGCUAUGUGCCAACUAGGUGUCCUCCACGCGGUGGCGGAGCUCAUCGAGAUGGAUCACAUGGCUCACGGGAGCGAAUGCGACGACCCGAACUGCAUCACUCUACGCAGGUACGCUGGAAUGGCGCUGACGAACUUGACGUUCGGGGACGGGAACAACAAAGCGCUCCUCUGUUCCUUCCGAGAGUUCAUGAAGGCGUUAGUAUCGCAGCUGCGAAGUCCCAGCGACGAUCUCAGACAGGUGACGGCAAGCGUCUUGAGGAAUCUGUCGUGGCGAGCCGACACCAGCAGCAAGCAGACGUUGAGGGAAGUCGGUGCCGUGACCGGGUUGAUGAAAGCAGCGAUGGAAGGUCGAAAGGAAUCGACGCUCAAGUCUAUUCUGUCGGCCCUUUGGAACCUCUCCGCGCACUGCAGCACGAAUAAAAUAGACAUCUGCGCCGUGGAAGGUGCCCUCACGUUUCUCGUGGAUAUGUUAAGCUACGUAGCGCCGUCCAAAACGCUCGCGAUCGUCGAGAACGCCGGAGGUAUACUGAGGAACGUCUCCAGUCACAUUGCGGUCAGGGAGGACUACCGAUCCAUCGUGAGAGAAAGGGGAUGUCUUCAAGUUUUGCUGCAACAGCUGCGAUCGCCGAGUCUGACGGUCGUAAGCAAUGCUUGCGGAGCGCUCUGGAAUCUCUCGGCUCGAUGCCCGCAGGACCAGCGAUUGCUGUGGGAUCUAGGCGCUGUCCCCAUGCUACGCAGUCUCAUCCACUCGAAGCACAAAAUGAUCUCUAUGGGUUCCAGCGCGGCGCUGAAGAAUCUGUUGAGCGCCAGGCCAGGGUGCAACAACCUGGUUCAUUUGGACUCGACGGCUCGCGGAUUAGGGCUUCCAACUCUGCCCUCCUUGGUCGCUCGGAGACAGAGAGCGCUGGAGCAAGAGAUAGAUCAGAACCUAGCCGAGACUUGCGACAACAUCGAGCCCAGCACGUCUCCCACGAACAAGGACGAUAAAUUUAUGUUUAAGGUGGAUCACAGCUUCCUGGGGAUCAACGCGCGAGCUCUGCGCACGUACCAGUUACACAAUCAACCCAGCACGUCCAGCGUAAAGUCCAACGGGGUCGCCAGGAGCGAGAGCAGGGACUCCAUGAGGUCCGUGACGAGCACCCACUCGGACACCAUGUUCGAGAGAGUGAAUCGUCACGUGAUGAACGGACUCUCCCCUACCGACAUCCAGAUCAAACAGCAGUCCUCGUCGUUGCACUCCGCUGUCGGGUUCGACACGGGGAUGACCAGCGAUGGUCACUCGAAAACCUCCGAGAAAAAGUACACGUUGCGUUACAAGAACGCUAUCCCUGACCGUUUGAAGUCGUCCGAGACUUUCAACGGUCUCAGCGAUUUCCGGUGCACCAACUCGACGAUCUCAUGGUCCUCGGCGCCGGACCAAGAAUCCGCCUGUUCCCAAAACUUGCUUCACUCUUCGGUCGAGGAUAACUUGCCCCAGAGCAUCUCGUCGAAGGCUGGUAGCCAGUCCAGCGUGUCCGAGGAAACCGAGCUGGUGUGCGGGAAAACUGAGUACCAAUGCAAGCCUGGGAUCGAUAAACCGUCGACGUUGGCCUUCGUCAGCAGCGACUCGCCGGCAAAGGACGUCGGUUUUGGCAACAUUUACGACAAGUCCGUGCUGAGUCCGUUGAACAACAUACAGAAAGCCAUCUCUCCGACCGUCGCGAACGGCAAUUUGUUCUACGCCGAGACAGAUUUGGAUCAACCGACUGAUUACAGUCUGCGAUAUGCGGAAAGGAGUUUGGAGGACGAGGACAAGCAACGCUCCCAUUAUUUUGCCAGCAACGAGCAGGAACUCAUUCACGAGGACACGGUGAAGACCUACUGCACCGAGGGAACACCUCAUGGAAUCUCGUUGAACUCCUCCAGAGCCGCGUCUGCUUCCGAUCUGCAGGAGGACAAUCGACUGAGGAAUUCGACGAAGAAGAUGCAGGAACAGAGGAAACUUCAGGAUAAAGAGGAAUUCAACUUGGAAUGCAAAGUGAAACUCUCGGACGAUAAUGUUGAAGAGAGUGGACAUUCUUCUACCAAAAGUCCAUCGAGUUUGAGAACUACGUUAACACAAAUGUCGUCGAACAACUUGCAUUACGAUGAGAAAAAUAAUAUGGCGUCCAAUUCUACAAAAAUUAGAUCAGAUGUGGAAGAAUGUUACGAAAUUGAAAAUGAAAUUUACGAAAAUACCGAUAAAUUCAAUCAAAAUUUUCCUGCAAACGGAAUUAAUUCGUACGUGAUCAGUGCACUCAAGGCUUCUAACGAUUCAGGAUGUAAGGAAUUUGAACUAAAAGGCGAUACGCGUCACAUGCCUUGUACAUUAAAUAUAAACAACUCUUCCGAAUGUUUAGAUCAAGUCAGUGAUGGAGAUGAGGACGACGAAGAUCUGCUUACAGCUUGCAUUAAUAUUGGAAUGCAAAAUAAUAGACACAGGCAUUCAUUCAUAGGAAACAAUUUCGAUAAGAUUCCGCGAAACGAAAGCAAUCUAGCCAGGUAUCAGACGAGCGUUGCUCUAGAUCAAAUGGAGUGCAAUGUAUUGGUCGAAUCUACCGCGAACAGCCUCGACACGAAUCGAAUAGCAUGCGAGGAAACAAUGAGUUCCGAUAUUUGUGAAAACAAAGUUGCGAGCAGUUCGCCAAAUAUAAACAUUGCGUGCGAUUAUAGCCAGAAUACAACAAUGUUGAAUCAAAAGAUGGUACACAAUUCGAUCACGGACGACAACCUUUGCAAUUUUUCAUUGCCUUCGAAUCUGAGGAACAGUCCAAUAUUACACGAAACCGUAGUCUUCGACACAGAGCCGAGCCAACAGCAGUACUUGUCUAGCAUGGAUACUCAAUCGAACGAAGAUAUGUCAUCCUUGGUUCACAAUGAUCUUCUCGAAGAUGAAAGAAACGCGGAGGACAGCGAGAUCGACAAAGUCUCGGAAUCCUUGAAUGAUAGAAUCGCUGAGAACUCUAUGCAGCAGUCUUACACAAAAGUAACGGAUUCUGAGAGCAGCGAAUCGAUCGACUCGGUCGAGCAAUCCGAACAUGCGCUCCUGGAACUGUGCAUUCAACCUGGAUUAACGAAGACUAUCGAAAACAUUAAGCACAACAAAGCUACGUGGAAAUCUAAUAAAGAUCUAGAUCAAUGUAGCUCGAAACAAACGAAUUAUUCGGGUGAGAGCAGUCAGAUGCACGACACGUGCGAAGUGGACGGCGUUUUGAGAGAGGAGGUCGACGGAAAUCAAAAAUCGACAAUGAAGAACCCCGACACACCGAAACACGGGAAGAAAGAGGAAAUGUAUCGGCGUCAGAGGGAUCCCGACGCUAUGAUCGCAUCGUUAGACCGUUUAACCGCGACUCUGGUGCAGCAGACGGAAGCGAUACGCGAACGCGAUUCCAGCGCGAUGAAACAGAGCAUAUUGAGCGACACGUGGAACGAGGAUUCUCCUAACGAAGUCUCCUUCCCCAGUAUCAGCAUCAGCGCUCCUAUCAUCGCCUCGUUCAAGAGCGACGUGCCCGAAGAGCAAACGACCAUUACCUCGGAAUGCGUGGAAACGGCAAGUAGCGAUGGCGGUCACAUGACGAACUCCAAGAUCAUUCAACGAGAAGCUAUCAAGCUGGCCGAGGCCGUAGACGCGGAGAUAAACAAGAACGAGUUAGAAAUGACGAGCAUGACGUCCAUGGACUUGGAAGCAAUCAAACCCCCUUCCACGAUGGGGAGCUUGUUGUCCUUGACAGCCAGUUACGCGGGUUCGGGCGAUUACAGCGAGACGUUCGUUAACAGAGACAGAUGCAACUCCACGUCCCUUCCACCGAUGCAGCUGAAGACUUCGUCCUUCACGGACUUCAAAAACUGUCGCAAGAAGUCUCUUCCCCUCGGCGUGGUGGCUAAACGAGCUCUCAAUCAGACUCAGACUCACACGGGAAGUCUAGAGAAUUUAUUGAACGAGUGCAGCGGAUCACAUUUGGACAGCGUGAAGCCACCGUCGAUGAUGGACGAGCUACCAGACGUUGGCGACAUGGAGAACAGCAUGGUAAGCGUAGCGAGCAUCACGUCGGAGGUAGCCGAUCCCAAAGACCAAGACCAGAGUUUAACCAGCAGCGACGCUGUCUUCGACCUGCUGAAGCCUGUCGCGAACGUCCUCUCCAUAACUUGCAUGCGUUACGCCGAGGCCAUGCAGAGCAGCGCUAACAACAGCUUGAGCGAGUGUCUGGAGAACAUCAAUCCGCCAUCUUUGUUCAACGAAGUCUGCGAAAUGGACGAGUCGACGAUGGAGCAGGCCACGGAAACCGUCUGCAGCGACACGUUGUGCAUCGACGUCGAAUUGCGCACCGAGGAGGCUCCGCACCAGAUCUUCACGGAAAAGAUCGACGAAGGUAGCAACGACACCGACGAAGCAGUCACUCCGAUUUCUUCCGAGUAUUGUCUCACCAGUUCAGCAGAGUCCACGCCCAAGAAACGGGCGCAUAGAAAUCUGACGCCUAAACAGAAACGAACCUUGGCCAAAGAAAGGUAUAAAACGUACACCAUAGCCGCGGAGAUGAGUAGAAAGGAAGAGGAGAGGGACAAAAAGGAAAAUGGUAGCGCGCGGGAGGGAAAGAUCCCACGCGGGAAGUGUUCUCCAUUUUCCAAGCUGACACCCAAGCAACGUAGGCAGGAGGACAGAGCCAGAUUCCAGACGCAGGUGUUAGAGAAUCCUUUUCCUCAACCGAGUCAAGUGCAACAGGAAGCCGAUGUCCGCGAGCAAGAGAAUCCCGAAACGGAACCGUCGUCUGCCGUUAAAUCUGCUAUUCCUACGUUUACUAAACUGUCUGGCUGCAAAACGCUGAUCAAGAAACGUAUGGAACAGAAAAAGAAUCGCGAGAGGUAUCGCACGAGGACGUUAGACGACUCCGAGUGCAUAUUCAGAGAAGCAGAGAACAACGCCGCCGCGAACACGGCGGAAGGUGGCGAGUCCAACGCGACGCGCAUCGCCCAGUCCGAGGAAAUUCAAAUCAUGUUGCAGCAGAACGCUACCAUCGUGCUGAACACCUUGAACGAGUCGACCAAGGUUAACGAGACCGGGGAGGAACCGUUGUUAGACUGCGAGACGAUCAGUCUGGUGUCCAACGAAUCGGAGUCGGAAAGAAAUCUGCGAAUGCGAUUUCUGAACGGUGUCUCGAAGAAACUGAUAGGUGCCUGCAGCCAGCAAAUGGACGAAGCGCUGGAAUCCGAGCAAAAUCAGAAGGAGACGGUCGAAAUUGAGACGAACAGAUCUCAGGAGGACAUCAGGUACGCGGAUACCGUGGAAAGCGAGAGCGAGAACGAGUCGAACAACGCCGAAGAACAGCCCAGGGAAACGAAGCGACCGAGGAUAAUUAAACCAGGAAUGGUAAGAGAUCACAGCAACGAUUCCAACGCAACGGACAGGUCCGAGCCGGAGAGUCCUAAAGCUAUUCGCGGCAGAAGGAAAGCUCUCUACUCGAACCCCAUAACGCGCAAACCGACGCCUCAGUCGUCCCCGUUGAAGCAACCGAAUCCUGUCAGCGGAAUACCCAUUGGUCGCAGCAACACCUCUCCCAUCGUGAGAGCUACUCGAGCCACCACGCUGAGGCAGAACAACAACAGUCCAAGUAACGGUAUGAAAGAUUCUCCAAAGGCAAACUCGAGUCCUAAAAUUCCUUCGUUAACAGACGGAGAGAAACGAACGAAGAAGAUGUCAGCAGCUGCGAAGAGAGCGUCCGUUCCUCAAAAGGGAUCGUCGUUGACCUUCACUAAAUCCGUGAAAAGACACAGCACGCCUCCUACAUGUUCCUCGAAUUUUCAAAACGACGCCAAGCCGGAUGUUAAGCCUUUAGAACGGCAGGGUACGUUUACCAAAGACGAACCGGAAGUGGAAAACGCGCCCCUGGUGGUCUCUACGUCCUCUUCCCCGAUUAAGACGAAAAUCGCGAAACCCAUCAAGGGAGCCACUUCCAAAGUAUAUCCUACGAUGGUGAAACCUAAAAUCGCGCCGAAAACGCACCAGGUGCAUCAGUCGAAAGUCGGGAAAGUAGCUCCGGAAAAGCCUCCCAAAACGGCACCGCUGCUGGUGGCUCCGAAACGAUUGCCUACGGGCAAAGUAGCCGCGACUACGAAAAUUCCAGCUAGCAAUCAAACCGGCGUACAAGCCGAGAACGGUAAGAUUUUCCGCAAGAUAGGUCCACUCGGUCAACGAUCCAACAGCAAUUCCAGCAUCGUCUCCAAUUCGUCGACGGGAAUACAGACCAGAAGGCUAGCGAAAGAAGCGACGAGCAAAAUCGCGAGUCUUUGGAAGAAGGUAGAGGAGAGCAAGAGCAAGCAACGAUUCGAAAAGCCUGACACCAGACAGUGGGUGCAGCCAGGCAGUUGUGCCAACGACGUGGACGGACCUUCUCCUGUGAAUACUCCACCAGCUUUCAGAUUGUUCCGUAGUUCGACGUUCGAAGGCGUACCCCAGGAAAACGAUGACACGGAGUCGACAUUGUACAAGUCCAAAUCGAAAAGACCAUUAGUAGUGGGGAUGCAGUCUAGCAAAGCGAAAUAUAGAAACUCUUGCGACUUGAGCGGAAUGAAUUCAAACGACGCACCUUGCAAAAUACCCGUAAAGUCCAACGAUGCAUCCACCUACAAGAAAGACUCUGUACAGGUGGGAGACGCGUCAGUGAUUUUACGGAAGUCGCAAAACACCGAGUCUUCCGCCGUGGAGGUAGACCCCACGAAACGAAUAUCGCGCCUUGGUUCCUUCAUAAGAGUGGACUCUGCGAACGCAGAAGGCUCUGCACAAACUUACGUCAAUGGCGGUGUGCGUACACCUGCCUCCGCCAUUGUACCACCUUUCAAUUAUAAUCCGAAGCCAGACAUUCCUUCGCAGACAACCAAAAUUACACAAAACGAGAGCGAAAGUAGGUUUGGAACGACGGAUUGUCACAGCGACAUAGUCACAGCUUCUACGAGAGUAACAACAGUAUAAGAGAGCCCGUUAUAUUUAUAAAGUAAUCAUGUUUUUAUUUCUUUUUUUUUUUGUUAAAACUUAAUCAGAACAAUAUGGAGCGAAGAAAAUCAAGAGAUCUCUCCGAUCAACUAACGGAAAUCUUAAUUUUAAUCUUUUCUUUUGUAGCAUCACUUUUUCAUUUCUGGCUAGUCAUUGUACAUUUGCUUCGCAUUGCGUUGACCACUAAUCGAUGCGUGAUACGCAUUACAAGUACUCAGUAAGUAAGUUAAUAAUUUCUUUUUACCUCAUCGUUCGAUGUCACGGAAAAUCUCCAUCGUAUUUCAUUGAUUUUUACACUUUAAAUGUAAAACGGUCACUCUGAUAUAAUUGUUUGUUGCAUCGCAACGCAAGUUUUUUAAGAGAUACGAACAAAGUGUUAAAUAGUAGCUGGAAAUUCUGAUAUCAUUCCUAUUCACUUUGCGUGUUGUAUAUACAUUGUAUUGAGAAAUUCCACGAUUAGGAAGAAAUUUAAAAUUUCUGUAGUACGUAGCAGUGAUUACCUUUGAUUAUUUAUUCAAUUUUGUAUAUAUUGAACGUGGAUGGAAAAUGUAGAAAGUUUAGUGAUAUAUAUAUUAUAUAUAUUACGACUCACAGUGUAUAUCGCAGGAGAUAUGUCGCUGUACAUCUUUGUAAUAGGUAAAUUUGCAAGGAAUGAGAUCUGUAUUUUGUUUCCAUCGUAACUGAUUUGUAUUCCUUCAACGGAUACAAAGUCUAAUUACUUUCAAAGACUGAUAGAAACACGAUGAAGAUUUGGACAAAGCUUGGACAUCUUCGACGCAACAGAUUGUUACGAUAAAGAGAUAGUAACAUUUGUAUCGAUGUUAGCGGUCUAAGUAACGCUAAACUGGCAUUAUAUGAAAAAAAAAGAAAAAAAAAAACAAAAUUUUGUAAACUUUACUUUAAGUUUCUAGUCUACUUAAAAAUCAACAGGUGAUGUAGCUUCUAUUUUGGUCAUAUGUACUACGUAAAAUCAAAUUGCAUGUAAGAAAUGUCUACACGGAUUCGACCGUUACCCUGUCUAAAAUUAAUAUAGGUACAGUGAAGAGUGUGUACGGAUCAAUUAUGUAUCUACAGGUCUGAAAAUCGGAAACUUUGCCAUGGACUUUAUAUUAAUUUUAUUUCCAUAUCUUUUCUUUUCUUUUAGAUUCAUUGAAAAUUUGCUGCAUAUUUUGGACAUUGAAGAACAUAUUUUGUUUUCUUCUAUAUCGCGUCAUCUUUCCUUCUACGUGCAUCGAAACGAUUUAAGAUCUCAUUAGAACGAAACCGUUUGGCGCGAUAUGGAGUAGAUUUUAAUGUGCAUUAUUUACAGAGAUUUAUUACUCGUGUUUUACCCUGUUCCAGUUCGAGUUAAUUAGAUUUAACCCUUCCAACUUGGAACCACAUCAGGGUAGUUAUAUGUUUUCCUUUAUAUGAGAUUUGGUCUGUACACCAGACUCCUUUUCCACAGUUCUUUUGUAAUACCCGUCAUUUAGUUAGAUAUUAAGUGUAAUUCAGUUUUUUUGUUACGUUGUAUUUUAGAUUUGGCAGACAUCUUAACGAUUUGUAUAUUAAUAAUUGCAGUACAAUAAAAUUUAUAGCUACUAAUGUC